AUGGGCUCAAUCACCACUCCGCAAGAAACAACCCGGCCAACCUUCCCCUGGCGCAAACGAGGUCUGGUAUCCUCCGGUCUGCCCUUUCCUGAACUCGUGUCUCGCCAUGUCGAAAGACUAGGAAAACAGCGUGUCUUCGCGGUCGUGUCGGGCUCUCUUGCCCAACACACAGACUGCGUGACGAGGCUGGAAGAUGCCCUGGGAUCAAAGCUCGUGGGCAAGAACGUCGGAUUCCCGAGCCAUACACCUUGGACGCAUGUUUUGACACUGGCCAAGGAGAUAGAACAAUCCGGCGCGGACCUCGUUGUCACCCUGGGCGGCGGAUCCAUCACCGACGGCGUCAAACUCGCCGCCCUCGCUCUCGCUAACAACUUACACGACCUCGCCGGAUUGGGCGCCAUGUCCGACAAACUCAAAGCUGCCAUGCAGCACGACAUCGACUACAAGUACCAGACCGACUCGGAUCCGCCGGACGUGAAUCCGCCGCCGUACGCUAUGAUUAAUGUACCCACGACACUCUCGGCGGGUGAAUACUCACCGUAUGCUGGGGGCAUUGACGCCACGGAUGGGGUGAAGAAGAUCUUUGUCCUGCAGAGCCUGUUCGCGGACGUGGUGAUCUUGGAUCCGGAGCUCGCGCAGCAUUCGCCCGAAUGGGUCUGGAUGAGUUCCGGGGUGCGGAGUAUUGAUCACUGUGUUGAGUUGUUGGGGUCGUUGAAUCCGGAUAUUGAGGCCGAGACGGACGAGGCGGCGGUUAAGGGAUUGGUGUUGGUGGUCCGGGGUCUAUUGCAGUUGAGGAAGGACCCGACGGAUUUGGAGGCGAGGUUGGCGACGCAGUUUGGGUCGAACUAUGCGAUGGAUGGAUUAUGUAGAGGUGUGCACCUUGGUGGCUCGCACGCCAUCGGCCACGAACUUGGGACCAUGAACGUCGCUCACGGUCACACGUCGUGCGUUCUAUGCCCUGCGGUCAUGAAAUACAACGCCCACGUCAACGCACAUCGGCAACAACGCGCUCUCGUCGCCCUUUGGUCCGACGACUAUAUCCGCCAAACGCUAGAAAACCGAGGCCUGAAGCAGUCUUCGGCGGACUUAGGAGAUCUGCUUGAUGGGCUGUUUCGCGAGUUUGGGAUGCCGAGGACGUUGAGGGAAGUGGGUGUGGAAGGGGAUCAGACGUUGCAGCUCCUUGCGGAAAGGUGUCUGGAGGAUCCCUGGUGCAGAACGAACCCUGUGCCGCUGACGACGAAGGCGCAGGUCAUGGAGAUUUUGAGGUCGGUGGAGAGAUGA